GGUCUACUGAGAAGGUCAUGGUGAUUCAGCAGAACAUUGACGUUACUGGUAAGGGGACGCUCCUAGCAAGGAUUCAAAGGUUGGAGAACAGAAAUGGACAACAGGCCCAACAUCAGCAACAUGUUGCAUUUAGAGGCUUUAGACAUUCCACCUGUAUAUGUUUACCCAGUGUUUAGCAUUCUGCUUUUUACCUAUCUGAUCAUCAUUAUUACCAAUGUGGGAAUCAUUGUUCUUAUCAUCAUGGAAAGGAGUUUACAGCAGCCUAUGUACCUGUUAUUCUGUAACCUGUCCUUCAAUGAUAUUCUGGGGAACACUAAUAUUUUGCCUCGAAUCUUGUCAGAUCUCCUUUCAAAUGACAGAAGCAUUAGUUAUGUUGAGUGUGUCACUCAAGCAUUCUGUAAUCAAACAUCUGCUACUGCUGCACACACAAUACUGAUGAUCAUGGCUUUUGACAGAUAUGUGGCCAUUUGUAAGCCCUUGAGAUACUCUUCAGUAAUGACCACCAGCAUGGUCUUGAAGCUUUCUGCAUGUGCUUGGGGAUCUGCCAUACUGAUGGUGUCAGUCUUGCUGGGCCUCACCAUACGUCUCAAACUUUGCAGGACACUUAUUGUAAAAAUGUACUGUGAUAAUGCAUCUCUGUUUAAGCUCUCCUGCCAGGAUGUGACCAUCAACAACAUUUAUGGUCUGGCUUUCACGGUGGUUCUUCUGACAUCUUCAAUGGGCAGCAUAGCCCUUACUUACUUUAGAAUCGUUACAAUUUGUAUCACCAGGAACAAUAAGGAGCUAAACAGCAAAGCACUGCAAACUUGCACCAGUCACUUAGUCGUCUAUAUGAUCAUGUUGUGGACUGGAUUUCUCAGCAUAAUUUUUCAUCGCAUUGAAAUUGGCACAAGCUCCCGAAAUCUUGCAGGUAUAUUGUUUCAUUUAAUCCCAGGCAGUUUGAACUCUGUCAUUUAUGCGAUGCAAACAAAAGAAUUAAAAAGCAAAAUGAAAAAAUUUUUUUAGUAUUAGAGUAACACAAGCCUGAUAUUUUUUUACUGGAUGCUUCUCUGAAUUUCUGUAUUAAUCAUCGUUUAAUGUUUAUGCAUAAACAAAAUCAAGUCAAGAAUGUCAUCUAUUCAUGUUUUUUUUAAACAGUGAUAUAUGUAAUAGGUAGAGGCGCAAACUUGCCAGUGGGUGUAAUAAGCAAAGAAAACAUUUUGUACCAAAUAUACACUUGAAAUUUCUCCCCAUUAAAGCAGCG